GGUAGAUUGAGCCACAAAAGAACCGACCUAAGUUAUUGUAAAUAGGAGGCAGAGAGGAAGAGAGAGGAAGGAUUAGGAUUAGGAUUAGGUGUUCCGCAGGCGCAGCAACAGAGGCAUGGCCAUGGCUUUGGUGAGCCUCAACGCCAUUCACACACCUUCUUCUUCUCUUAAUUCUUCUUCUUCUUCCUACUAUGCACCUCCUUCCAUCGUUCGUUUUCGCUCUCUCAAACCCCUUCCCCGCUUUCCGAGGCACAUCGUUCGUAUGGCUCCCGAGGAAGAGAAGAUCACUCGCCGUUCCCCUCUCGAUUUCCCUAUCGAGUGGGAAAGGCCAAAGCCUGGACGAAGACCAGAUAUAUUCCCUCAAUUUAGUCCAAUGAAGACACCUCUGCCACCUCCAUUACCUGCAGAUCCUCCUGAAGAGGAUGAAGAAGAGGAGGAGGAAAAGAAAGAGGAAGAAGAAGAACCUGAACAGGAGGAGACAGAAAAGCCAGAAAAGCAAUAGGGUAGUAAAUAACUUGUCUCGAUUUUGCCAGUUAUCUUGAUAUGUCAAGCCAGACUGUUACUUGCUGUUAAUGUAAGGGUAUCAUAUGAAUACUAUUGCUUAGCUUUCUUCUAGUUUUUCUAGCUGCCAUUUGCACUUUUGUAUGUGCCCUUAUAUGAGUUAGAUUUCAAUCCCCCCCCUCCUCCCUUCAAAACAAUAACAAUUUUGGGCUAUAAACAUAUGAUUACUGAUCAGGUAGUAUAAUGAAGUUUUUUUUUU